AUGAAGUUUGAACAUAAGAAGAAAUUCUCUGUGCAUUUAGAUAUUUCAUAACUCACAUCUAAUUCUUAUUUAAACUACCCGCUUUCCACUAGGAGAAAGUUUGAUAAUCAAUAAUCAACCAAAAAAUUGGACACAUCACCGAAGAGUGUAAGUCCAAAUACUUCAUUUCUGUCUUCUGACCGUAAAUUGCAACAAAAAUACCCAAUAAAUAAUAGCAAGACCAAUUCACUCAAAAGCAUGCUCUAACCCUAUAAAAUUAGGUCGCCAUCAGAAAAAGAAAAUCAACACAGUUUUUUAAGCAACAGAAGUCAAUUACACAAGCUUCCUCUCACAACUGAAUAAUUUCUUAAGUUAUAUAAUGUGACAAGAAAUGAACAAAGAGAAUUGAAUGGUAUAAAAUAAGUUUUUUAUUAUAAAUAACCCAAAUGUCUAGUCGAUCAACCAAAUGGAGAUUACUCCUAUAAUAUCAAGGAUCACAUCAGAUAUCAAUAUGAAAUUCUCAGUUUGUUGGGCCAAGGCAGUUUUGGUUAAGUAUUCUAAGUCUUGGACCAUAAAACUCAGUAGUUAUAUGCUUUGAAAGUAAUCAAGUGUCAAGACAAACUAAAGAAACAAGCUGUUAUUGAAGCCAACAUCCUGUAAUAUAUCAAAGAUCAUGAUACAGAUUAGCUUUCGAAUAUAGUUAGAAAUAUCGAAUAGUUUACAUUUCGAGGACAUCAAUGCAUAGUGUUUGAAAAAUUAGAGUAAAAUCUAUUUGAGUUAAUUUAAAAACAAAGGUUCAAGGGGAUUGAUCAUGAAUUAGCAAGGAAAAUUGGCAUUCAACUUUUGAACUCUCUUAAUUUCUUAAAUAAACAUAAGAUCAUACAUUGCGAUAUCAAGCCUGAGAAUGUGAUGUUGUUAGAUAAUUCUAAAAGCGGAAUUAGACUUGUUGAUUUUGGAUCAGGUUGCUUUGUUGGCCAAUAGAUCUAUACUUAUAUAUAGAGCAGAUACUAUAGAGCCCCUGAAGUAAUUUUUGGAUUGAAGUAUGGCAUUGAAAUUGAUAUGUGGAGUCUUGCUUGUUUGAUAUCAGAAUUGUAUAUUGGUACUCCGAUAUUUCCAGGAGAAGAUGAAAUCGAAUAAAUUAACUUGAUUAUCGAAGUUAUUGGAGCUCCUUCAGUAGACUUUGCAUUGAAAUGUCCAAGAAGGAAGUAUUUCUUUGACGAGGAUGGACAUCCAAAGAAAAACAUCAAAUCUUACAGAAAACCUAGUUCAGUUAGUCUCUAUGACAAAUUAAGAACUGAGGAUUCAGACUUGGUUGAUUUUCUAUUGAGAUGCUUUGCUUGGGAACCGUAAAAUCGGUUGCAACCCUUGGAUGCACUUAAACAUCCAUGGAUAAUUGCUGGUCUUCCUAAGGAAAUACAAAAACAACAUAAAAAGUAUAUAGAACUUGAAAAACUGCUUCAAACAUAGAAGGCUCCAUUAGUUUCGUAAUUAUGUUUUUAAGGAUCCAAUAAUUCUAAGGAUCAUUUUUAAGAGGAUUCUCAUUUCAAAACCAAGAAGUAAAUAAAAUCUAUCUUGAAUAUCAAUACCAAUCUGAGCAACACUUCAUCAGAUCCCAAAGCUAUAUUGAGUUGUCGUUAUCAUGACAAGCCAUUGUAAUCUGAAAGGUAAAGAAAGAAUAUAGCUUCUUCUAUUUAUAAAUUACUAUCUGAUAAGCAAAAGAACAGGAAGCCGUCGUGCAAUUGA